CAGGAACAAGGGCGCCCUCUGCUGGCGAAAUCUUUUCUUUGCCGGGAGGACGUUCAACAACUACCAAAGAUGUCCAGCUUUUUGCUAGCAAAACUUGCGAUUCUAUCACACUGCCACUAAUACAUCCAGAGUUCUUCACUAAAGUCGGAAAUUUCACUCCAUUCCCCUCCUGAGAAGGCCCUUCACUGCUGAGGCGUGUCCCACCCUGCUCUCCGUUCAACGAGGCGGGUUUCAAGUUUCAGCUCCUCCUUUGAAUUCCAGCCUGCUGAGGCUUCGCUCUGGAAUGGUCCAAAAUGGAGCCUCUUGGCGCUUACCCCGUGAAAUGCUCCGGGCCCAGAGCAAAGGUAUUUGCAGUUUUGCUCUCUAUGCUUCUAUGCACGGUAAUGCUGUUUCUUCUACAACUAAAAUUCCUAAAACCUAAAACCAACAGCUUUUACACGUUUGAAGUUAAAGAUGCUAAAGGAAAAACCGUUUCUCUGGAAAAGUUCAAAGGAAAAGUUACGCUAGUUGUAAACGUGGCCAGUGACUGCCAGCUCACACACCGAAAUUACUUAGCUCUGAAUGAGUUGCACAAAGAGUUUGGACCAUACCACUUCAGCGUCUUGGCUUUUCCAUGCAAUCAGUUCGGAGAUUCAGAGCCCAGACCAAGCAAGGAAGUCGAAACGUUUGCAAGAAGCAACUACGGAGUAACAUUCCCCAUCUUCCACAAGAUUAAGAUUCUAGGAGCUGACGCCGACCCUGCUUUCCGAUUUCUUGUUGAUUCUGCAAAGAAGGAACCGAGGUGGAACUUUUGGAAGUAUCUGGUCAACCCUGAGGGUCAAGUUGUGAAGUUCUGGAGGCCUGAGGAGCCGGUUGACGUCAUCAGGCCUGACAUCGCAGCUCAGGUUAGACAAAUCAUCAUAAAAAAGAAGGAGGACCUAUGAGCUGCCCCCGGGC